AUGGCAUCCUCACCGACUAUUUCAGCAGACGAUCCGUCUCACGAACCACCUGGUAGUAACAAGCUACUGGACCAAAUGGCCUCGAAUGAAAAAGGCCCGCUCAAACUCGGAGACUUUACUACGAGACUGAACUCGGAACAUCUGUCUCUGUGGGCAUCUCCUCCACCCGAUCGACCCAUUAGCCUUGGGAAUUUUCAACGGCUCUUUCAUCGCCUUGGCGUCAAGGAUCCCAAAGAUUCCCCUCAUGUUCAAUCAACUUCCCCUCUGAAGGCGACGCCAAUCACUAUACUCAAGCGGCCUGUCGAAGUAUCUUCGAGUAUUCAGCCGAUUGCUCUACCACAGGUCACAUCAGACGAGCCCCAGGUCGAUCCCAUCACUGAUUCAGAGACUGGGUCUGGCUCUGACUCUGAUUUACUGCCGGGCAAGGCAUAUUCAACUGCCGCAUCCACACCCCCAAGCUCGACCGAAUCUCCGCUCGAGAACUUGGCCAAACAGAAAAAGAAGAAGACCAAGGCAUCCAAGGCCAAAGACAAGUCUCAUCAUAGAGACGCCUCGCAGUCUGAGAUUGAAGUCAUCGACAAUAUUGAACCCGAACAGUCCCGGCACCUCCUCAUCACCUACCAAUAUGUCAAAUACGGCCCCACGACAGAGAUCUACGGCCACGCAGAGUCAGCCGAGGUUAAACACGAGUCUCUUAUGACCAAGCUUGUCCACCAGCACGUCACUGACUCGACGCUAAGCAAGGAAGCCCCAGAGGUGGCCUCCAACGGGAUCCAUGUCUUUAUCGACAUGUCCAACAUCAUUAUUGGCUUUCAGAAGGCUUUGAGGGCGAGAUAUUCUCUCCCAGAGUCUGUACGGUUCAUUCCGCUCCCUCAGAUGAAUCUCGAGUUCUUUCACAAACUCCUAGUUCGUGAUCGGCACGCGGAAUGGCUGAACGUUGGGUGCUCGAUGCAUCCCGACAAACAGAAACCCCAUUUCAUCGAAGAACUGGAAGACCUCGGUUACCGGGUCGAUCUCCGCAGCCGCCGUCCGCAGAACAUGACUGUGGAGGGCCACGGCUCCCGCUACGUCGAGGACAUGGUGGACGAGACGCUCCAGAUCCGGAUCGGCGAGUCUGUCAUGCAGUACUUUGACAAGCCUGGCACGCUCGUCCUGGCCACCGGGGAUGCCCGGCCGGCCAAGUACUCGGACGGCUUCCUCGCCUACGCCCAGCGCGCCCUGAAAAUGGGCUGGAACGUUGAGGUGGUGUCGUGGAGGUCGAGCCUCUCGUCUGCCUGGAGCGGCCUGCGGAAGGAGGAGGGCGUCGGCUCUCGAUUUCGUGUCAUCGAGCUUGACCAGUUUCUGGAUGAACUUUGGACCGGCUAA